AUGAAGAAGCUUACCCCUCUUUCUAAACAAGAAAGACCAACUGAUGGCUGGUUUGGGCAAGCAGUAAGCCCAGGUGCAGAUUCACUCUGCAGAAACAGUUUCAGCCUCAGCGAUGAAAAGCUUAACUCUCCAACUGCAUCUACUCCAAGCUUGCCAUCUCCAUCAGUAACUCCAUGUAAAGCAAAGCUUGGAGACACAAAAGAACUGGAAGACUUCAUUGCUGAUCUUGACAGGACACUAGCAAGUAUGUGAAAUGAAUCUUUGGCAUUGUGCUUGCCUGUGAGUGUCCUCUGAAGGAGAAGUGACAUCAAUCACUGAGAACUGCUGCCCUUGUCUAAUAACUUUGCUGCCCAAGUUAUUCACCUUCUGAACGUAACCUUUGUAAACUCCUUCAAGUAUUUAACUGGCAACAUCAGUUUUGUUACUUUGCAGCAGAUGGAAUAAGAAAAAUGUUACAGCUGUAUUUAGCUUUAAAAUAUAGCCUGAAUUUUAAUUUAAAGUUGCUGUAUGAAAAUAUAUUUGUAAUUUUAUAUAGUUGAGAACUUUUAAUGCUUUUUUCCAUUAUAAUAUAUUUUU